GGAAAAAAAGGAAGGCAUUGAGGGCGGGCGAGAGAGACAGGAUGCUUGCUUUUCGUUUUACUGAAGCCGUCUGAAGGCAAGAUCGAGGGCGCCGGGAAGAGGACCCACGCAGCCCGGCGCGGUCCCCUCGCCUCCCGCGGCGGCCUCGGUCCCCGCGCCCGCGUCCUCUCCCGAGCGUCUCGAAAGGCGGAAAGCAGAGCUCGCCCUCUAUCCCAAGCGGGGCAAAACUCCUGAAGACACCGCAGGAGCCUGUGAAAGUCCCUGGGACUACAAGUGAGGAAGUGACACUCCCAAGCGCGCCGGCCCGCAGCUGCCAUCUCUGCACGGCCUCCGGCACCGCGGCCCUGGAGGAGAGCGCCGUGGAUCUCCGGCUCCGCGCCGCGCGGGGUCCGUGCGCACUGCCCCGGGCCGGAGUUCUCCUGGACGCCCAUGCGCCCCCCCAGAGCCGCGCUGCAGCGGGUGAUCUAACCCCCGAGACCAUCUUCGGCGCGGUGCCAAGCACAGGGGAGGGGGAGACGGAGGGGCAGCCUCUUUGGGACUAACUCAUGAAGAACAAGGGUGCCAAGCAGAAGCUGAAACGAAAGGGAGCCGCCAGUGCCUUUGGCUGUGACCUGACCGAGUAUCUGGAAAGCUCAGGACAAGAUGUUCCAUAUGUAUUGAAGAGCUGUGCAGAAUUUAUAGAGACUCAUGGCAUUGUGGAUGGAAUUUAUCGGCUUUCAGGAGUCACCUCAAACAUACAACGGCUAAGGCAAGAGUUUGGCUCAGAUCAAUGUCCAGAUCUGACAAGGGAAGUGUACCUCCAGGACAUCCACUGUGUGGGCUCACUCUGCAAGCUCUACUUUAGGGAGCUGCCCAACCCCCUCCUGACUUAUGAGCUCUAUGAGAAAUUUACGGAAGCCGUGUCGCAUUGCCCAGAAGAAGGCCAAUUGGCCCGAAUCCAAAAUGUUAUCCACGAACUUCCCCCGUCCCAUUAUAGGACCUUGGAAUACCUGAUUCGACACCUGGCCCACAUCGCCUCCUUCAGUAGCAAAACCAACAUGCACGCCAGGAACCUGGCCCUGGUGUGGGCGCCAAACCUCCUCAGGUCCAAAGAAAUCGAAGCCACUGGUUGCAAUGGAGAUGCAGCCUUCCUCGCUGUCCGAGUCCAGCAGGUGGUGAUUGAGUUCAUACUGAAUCAUGUGGAUCAAAUCUUUAACAAUGGCGCACCCGGGUCUCUGGAGAACGAUGAAAACCGGCCCAUCAUGAAGAGCCUGACCUUGCCAGCCCUCUCCCUGCCCAUGAAGCUGGUGAGCCUGGAGGAAGCUCAGGCCCGGAGCCUGGCCACUAACCAUCCUGCUCGGAAGGAAAGGAGGGAGAAUAGCCUGCCUGAGAUUGUCCCUCCCAUGGGCACCCUCUUCCACACUGUCCUGGAGUUACCAGACAACAAAAGAAAGCUCUCCAGUAAAUCAAAGAAGUGGAAAUCAAUAUUUAAUCUGGGACGUUCUGGAUCAGACUCCAAAUCAAAGCUGAGUAGAAAUGGGAGUGUGUUUGUGAGAGGACAGAGGCUCUCAGUGGAAAAAGCUACUAUCCGACCAGCUAAAAGCAUGGACUCGCUGUGCUCAGUGCCUGUGGAAGGGAAAGAAACCAAAGGAAAUUUCAACCGAACAGUCACCACCGGUGGCUUUUUCAUUCCAGCAGCGAAAAUGCAGGCGACCAGCACUGGCAGCUCCUGUGACCUCAGCAAGCAGGAGGGCGAGUGGGGCCAGGAGGGGAUGCUGGCAGGAGCUGAGGGGGGCUUCCCCAUGAGCAGUGACCGCAGCCAGCUGCAGGGCGCUCGGGCCCGGCCCCCUCCCGAGCAGCUGAAGGUGUUCCGGCCCAUGGAAGAUCCUGAGAGCGAGCAAACAGCCCCGAACAUGCUCGGCAUGUUCUACACCUCGAACGACAGCGCCAGCAAAUCUGUGUUCACCAGCGGCCUCUUCCAGGUGGAGCCCUCGCCGCGACACCAGCGCAAGGCCCUGAACAUCUCCGAGCCGUUUGCCGUGUCCGUACCGCUCCGCGUGUCCGCUGUCAUCAGCGCCAACAGCACCCCGUGCAGAACACCCCCAAAGGAGCUGCAGUCUCUCUCCAGCCUGGAAGAGUUUUCUUUCCAGGGCUCAGACAGUGGAGGGUGGCCUGAAGAAGAGAAGCCACCGGGAGCUGAGACUUCUACAGCUUCUGCACCUAAGAAGAUGUCUCUCGAGGAUGCCAAGCCAGGACCGGAAGCAGUGAGGACAGUGGAAUGCAACAAAGGCCUUUCCCUGGAGCCAGGAGCCCAACUGGAGGAAAAGCAAACCUCGGAAAUUUCCCUGAGCAAUCAACAUUCAAGUGAAUUGGAGAAGAGGCCGGAUGCAGAGAAGGUGGUGGAGGAGGGUCGAGAGGCUGGCCAGAUGGAGUCCAGUGGUCUGCAGGAGAGUCCCAGGGCCAGAGCUGAAGCAGUGCUUCUCCCUGAGAUGGAUGAAGAUGAUCUGGCCAGUGCCCUGAUCUGGCCUGAAAUUCAACAGGAGCUGAAAAUCAUUGAAUCUGAGGAAGAGCUCUCCACAUUACCGCCACCUGCGGUAAAGAUCAGCCCAACUCAGCCCAUUCUUGAGUCAAGUCCAAGGCCUUUUGCUUCCCUGGAGCCUCCUGGGAGCUUGUCUUGUGGCUCCACCCCAGCUCCAAUCUCCCCUCUGGAAGAGUGGACUAGAAAUCCAGCCAAUCAGAGCACACAGGGGGCUUCCACGGCAGCCAAUAGAGAAAAGCAGGAGACAACCAGCAACCUCCAUAGAUCUGAGCCUGAAAAGGGCCCGCACACAGACCCCACCAGCUUGGCUCCUCUGGAAGUUGUUCCAUUUGAGACAGCUUCUCCACAAGCAAAGGUGGAGGUGGGAGGCCCAGGGAAUCUGUCUCCUCUGCUCCCACCUGCUCCACCUCCUCCAACUCCUCUCGAGGAGGCCCCUCGAGUCCAGCUAUCAAAGGGUGGCCCUGAGAGAGAAGACUCAUCCAGGAAUUUGAGGACAAAUCCAUAUAUAGACCAUCUGAAGUCCAAAGGCAGUCCUGGGAUCCCCAGUCUUUGUCAGGGAGAUGAAGCCUCUCCAGGACAAAGUGAGAAGCAAAAGUCAAAGAGUGCUGUUCCCGAAGGAAAAGGCUCUGGUUUUCCAAGCCCAACAAGGGAGGUUGAGAUCUCCCCACAAGGAGAGGGGGAUGUCGCCCAUUCAGUACAGGAGCCCUCAGACUGUGAUGAAGAUGACACUGUGACAGAUGUUGCCCAGCAUGGCCUGGAGAUGGUGGAGCCCUGGGAGGAGCCCCAGUGGGUGACAAGUCCCCUUCAUUCCCCCACCCUGAAAAAUGUUCAAGAGGCCCAGGUUCAGGGCCUUCAGGCCCACCGAUUGGAAAAGAGACUUUCCCACAGGCCUAGCCUUCGCCAGAGCCAUUCUCUAGAUAGCAAAACCACGGCUAAGAGCCAGUGGACUCUUGAGGGUUCCUCUUCCAGUAGCUGUGCUAAUCUUGAAGCAGAGAGGAAUUCUGAUCCUCUGCAGCCCCUGGCACCCAGGAGACAGGUUACUGGAUGGGAUGAGAAAACCCUGAGAUCCUUCAGAGAGUUCUCGGGCCUGAAAGGCACAGAGCCUCUUCCCAGCGAGAAAGGACCAGGUGCUUUGCAGCCUAAACCAGCAGAAAGCAACUCUGUAAGCCUAGCUGAGGGAAAGGAACUGGGGACACACCUGGGACACUGCAACCCUCAGAUUGAGCAAGGUAGUGUUCCUGGGCCAGAGAGCAGCAAGGAGAGUUCACCUAGUACACAGGACAGCACCUUGUCUGGAGAGCAUCCCCCAAAGUUACAGCUGAAGAGCACUGAGUGUGGGCCCUCAAAAGGGAAAAAUAGGCCUUCUUCCCUCAACUUGGACUCUGCCAUUCCUAUCACUGACCUCUUCCGGUUUGAGAAUGUGGCCUCAUUGGGUUCACCUGGAAUGCAGCUCUCUGAGCCAGAAGACCCAAAGGUCACAUGGAUGACCUCAGCUCACUGUCAGGUAGACCCCUGGAGGGUUUACUCCCAUGACCCUCAGGACCUGGACAUUGUUGCUCAUGCCCUGACAGGCCGCCGUAAUUCAGCUCCCGUGAGUGUGUCAGCUGUGAGAACCUCUUUCAUGGUCAAAAUGUGUCAGGCCAGGGCAGUGCCAGUGAUCCCCCCCAAGAUUCAGUACACACAGAUCCCACAGCCCCUGCCCUCUCAGAGCCCCGGGGAGAGUGGGGCUCAGCCUCUGGAGAGGAGCCAAGAGGAACCCAUCUCAACGGGUGGGACUGCUCAGAAACCUGUCAAAGAUGAUUCUCUCUCCUCCUUGGAAAGCCCAAAGGAAGAGAAACCAAAGAACGACACAGGAGCCAUGGAUGCCACUGCGUCCCACAUGUGCGAAGGACCCACCCUUUCUCCAGAACCAGGUUUAGCUAACCUGCUGUCCACCCAGGAUGCAGUAGUGCAAUGCAGAAAGCGCACAUCAGAGACUGAACCAUCUGGGGACAACCUUCUUUCUUCAAAAAUAGAGCGACAAUCAGGGGGUUCUAAGCCUUUCCACAGGUCAAGGCCAGGACGACCUCAGAGCCUAAUCUUAUUCAGUCCUCCUUUCCCCAUUAUGGACCAUCCACCUCCUUCAUCCACAGUGACAGAUUCCAAGGUCCUGCUGUCCCCUAUCAGAAGUCCCACCCAGACGGUGUCCCCUGGCCUUCUUUGCGGGGAGUUGGCAGAAAACACGUGGGUCACACCAGAAGGGGUUACACUUAGGAAUAAAAUGACCAUUCCUAAGAAUGGCCAGAGACUAGAGACCUCAACCAGCUGUUUUUACCAGCCCCAGCGCAGAUCAGUGAUUCUGGAUGGAAGAAGUGGGAGGCAAAUAGAAUGACAUCAGUUCACCUGCUGGUGUCUGAAAAAAUGUCAUGAUUCAUCUGGAAGUUAUUACAGGGCCAACUUGUCAUUAUUGCAGACACAGGUUAUCCAAGUUUGUGCUUGUUUUGGGCUCUUCUUCUCUUCCUUAGCCUUUUGGCCAUUAUUAACUAGUCCAUUUGUCAGAAGAGAGGUCAAGGGAAGGACCAAGAGAUGAAAUUUAGAUAAGUCUACAUGAGCAGGCAGGAAAUGUCAGGUGUGGGAGAGGAUGAAACACUUGCCUCCAGUGAGAUUUAGGGCUUGCUUGUGAGUUGCAUCACUCCCCUGUUGCCAUUAUCUAUUACUGUUGAGAGCGGGAUGUGAUAAUGACUUUUGAAAGAAAGAAAUCCUUUGUCUGUUGGAAAAUGUUGCUACUGAGGUUUGAAGGCCUCUUCUUGACUUCAUACAUUUUAAUGUUCUUUAAAGCGUGUGUUCUUUUAGACCAGUUUUCUGAUGAGCUUUAUUCAAGUGUACUAUCCAGAAUAGGAGCAAAUUUGGAAAAGCAAACUAACGUACACUUAGAUAUCCAAGUGGGUGUAUUUACCCUUGCUCUUUCCCGCGAAUUCCUGCAGACCUGCCCAGGAUGGCUCCAUAUACCAGCACAGAAAACCAGAAUCCAUACUCGGGAGCAAACUCGGAGACUGGCACAAUCUAAGAAGACUUUCUGGCUCUGGCUUUUAUUAAUUUGAGACUCCAACUGCCGCUAUCUUGACCUCUGAUUUAUAAAUCCAGUAGCUGGGCAGGGUGGGUGCUAAGCCGAGGGUUACCUCAGUGAAAUGUGCUGAAUCUUCAUUUAGAUAGGUAGUAGUGAAGUGAUCUGCUUUCAUUCCAAUAUCAGAGUUCAAGAACAGGAUGUCAGCAUAGAGAAAAAAGCCUCACAUGUAGGCAGAACUACACUCCAAAGUGAAUGUGUAUAAAGUGGUGGGGCAUUUGCAGAAAAUGCCUCUAGCUCAGCUUCCCUAGUUAUAGACUAAGCUGGGACGGGAGGACAAGAGGUGAGGCGGAGCUUUGGGGGGGGGCGGGGACAGCCCUGGCAGGGCGGCCAUCACCACGGCCAUCACCACCGCUUGGUGCUAGCUGCCCUUCUGAAAAUAUUUCAUUUCAGCCAGUGGAUGCCUUCCUUUCUCCGUCUCUCCACUGCUCAAGAACAGAUCUGAGGCACCCUUCUGUAAUCCCCUCCAUUCCAGGCACUCACACUGGCCUUUCUCCUGUCUAUAUAAAAGCAGAAGCAAUAAA